AUGGCAGAACAGCAGCAGAAGCUGAAAGCACGGUGCUUCAUGAAACAGACUCUGUCCUCAGCCACUUCUCCUGCUUUUUCACAAAUACAGUACUGGGCACUGCUGCUUUGCCCUUUUCCAGCUGGUCUGAAGACAGAUGGACAUCAGCUUAUUCUGGAAGUGGUGACAGGCUGGAAUGCUGUAGACCUGGAGGUCAACAGGGAGAUUGUAUUUCAUUGCAACAUCUAUGACUUGGAUUUUGAGGGUGAUGGCAAGCUGGAUCCACUUUGUGAAGAAGCCAGAAAAGCAGUGUUAAAUGCUUAA